AUGCUGCGGAACGAAGAGCCAAUUCUCGGCGGCCGGCCUUUGAUCGCAGGACCGGUCUUCGAAUUCUUCAUCAUGAACGCCACCAACGCGGAGAGCACUCCGUUGCUCAACCUCUUCCAGAUCGAGGCGAUGACCAACUCGGCCUUGGGGAAGGAGGUGGGCACGGGUUCGCUCGGAGUGUGGACGGCCCCCGGCUGGGUGAUCUACCCGGAGCUUACGCUCACGUCUGUGCAAACGGCCAAUCCUGGCUACGGACUGCCGUGGUACACAAACUUCACCGUCACGCUGCAAACCGUCACAGAGGUACCCUCGGGCGGCUCCAUUCGGAUCAUCGCGCCCCAGGACUACUACUUUGGCCCAGUCAUCGAGACUGCAGCAACCCGCUACGAUCCCCUGGUGUCCGAGCCCUCCCCGCAGGGAGCCGGUCAGGAGCGUCCUCCAGCAGAUAAGGCCGGACUCGUGCCGGUGGGCAAAUUCCGCGAGAAACUGCUAUGUGACGACCUGCCACAUCCUGAGACCCGACAACUGGCCCGGGAGCCCCAGCUGAGGGCGGAACGAAUGGCAUGCUCCUUGGAGUUCGAGCCCUGCGUGAUCAUGAACGAGCUGGAUGAGCUGAUCACUUUGGGCAUGGUGCUCUCCAUCGCGCAAGAGACCGCGCGGGUGGGCAACCGCACCAUCUGCUUGGACCUGAGGGCGAAGUGUGAUGAAGGAGGACGUUUGUCUGACCUGAUCUCUUGCCAGAGCCAGGGGAGCACCCUGGACCUCUACAUUGCGCCCAUGGUCUACGUGCCCUCGCGCCGCGUCUUCCGCUUCCUGAUCCAAGGCUACAACGCCCGCAACCCACCGAUGAACUCCACGGUGAAUGCGUGGCACUUCAUGACGAGAAAUUCUGACAGUGAAAACACCGUCUUGGACGAGAAGCCGCAAGUGCCGGGCGUGUCCCUGAUCGGCAUCGUCUCCGUGGACUCGCUUGUGCCAUCCAACACCAAGGUGAGCAGCAUCGAGAACUAUGUGACGGUUACUUUGCGGUUGACCACGCAGCAUGACGCCUCAGCUGCCCGCAGAGCAUGCACACAGGACAGCGCGGUGAGGCUCUCAGAGGUCCAGGAGUGGGCCUGCGGCAUCUUCGCCGCGGGGAAGGCCAAGGCCAAGGCGAAGCGCCAGGCAGAAGCCGCCGAGGCGGUUCUCCGCGGCUGCGACUGGCCAAGCCCUGAGCAGGCCACAGCCACGCUCGCCAUGCAGUUGGAUUCUGGCCCCAUUCGCCGCCGUGCAACCCACGCGCUCCGCUGCAACGUGCGAGAAGCUUUGCAGUGGGCAGAUCGAGGCAGCACAGCUCCCGUGAGGCUGGCCGACAGCUUGUCCAACUGCGCAGUGGUGAUGCACAUCCCCACCUCAGCGAUCCGCAGCCUUUGUUCUGUGGCCAGGCAAAAUGUGGGCCUGUGGUAUGCAUUGAGGACGGGGAAGCUUCGAAAGCACGUGGCGCUGACUGCCACCGAGCAGCAGCUGAAGGACUUCGGUGAAGAGGAGGUCCCGGAGGCGGAGAGGUCGGCAUGGGCCUGUUGGCGUGAAGAAGGCGAGAGGGACGAGCCCGAAAGCAACGAGCUUCCCAGCACCAAGUUGCAAGAGGAGGCGAUCGAUGGGGAGCUGGACCUAGAAGCCCCUACCAAGAUGGAGUCCUUGCGGCCGUACCAGCUGUCAGCCGUGGAUGCUGUCAGCAAGGCGUCGCCUGAGAACUGCUGCGUGGUGCUGCCCUGCGGCGCGGGGAAGACGCGGGUGGGCGCCGCCUUGGCCUGGAGCUUCUUGGAGUCCCAUGCGGGCGGCUGCGUGGUGGUGCUCUGCCUGCGCCGCGAAGGAAUCCGGCAGUGGGCCCGGGAGCUGGCUGAGAACUGGGCCACCAAGAGUUGCGAGGUGGGCCAGGCCACAAAGGCCGGGGGAGAGAUCUUGCGGAGCUCGCGGGUGGUCCUGGUAACCUACCACCGGAUGCUGUCCGAGCGGCGCCGCGCAGCGAAGGCGCUGCCCUUCGACGAGGACGGCAUCGGCGAGGGCGGCGCCCUGGACGCCGAGGCCGGCGGGGCCGUGGCGGCGCGCUUCACUGCAGCGCCCAAGGGCCUGCUCAUCGCAGACGAGUGCCACAUGGUCCCCGCCCCGAAGAUCAGCGAGUUGCUGAGCAGCCUGCUGGGCCCUCGCCGGCGCCUCGUGGGCCUCACCGCCACCUUGCUCCGUGAAGGUGGCAAAGAAGAGGAGGACGUGCCCUGGCCGCUGCUGGGCAAGUGCGUCUUUCGGGAGACCUUCGCACGCUUGGCCCCGCAGUACUUGGCCCCCGUGCGGUGUCUGGAGGUCUCAGUGCCGGUGGUGGGCACCUGGCGGAAGCUCUUCCAGCGCCAGCCCCUGGCGGCGGCGGUGUGCCUCUCCAGCGGCAAGUGGGCGGUGCUGGAGCACCUCCUCGCCAGGCACGCGGAGGAGUCGCUGCUCAUCACGGUGGAGCGGUGCGAGCAGGCGAGACUCAUCGCCAGCAUGUUCGGCAUCAUACCGUUGGACGGGUCAGUGCCUGCAGCGCAGAUGAAAGAUUACCUGGAACGAUUCCGGCAAAGGAAGAUCCUCGCGCUGGUUGCAACACACGUCCUGGAUGAUUCAGCAGACUUUCCAGAGCUGUCAGUGAUGAUCCAGAUGGGCGGGCACUUCGCCAGCCGCCGCCAGGAGCAGCAGCGCUUGGGGCGGCUGCUGCGCUGGGGCAAGGUGAAGCGCCGCUUCUGGGAGACCAGCGAGGCCAGGCCGACGUUUUAUGUGCUGGUGCACCGAGAUACCGUAGAGGAGAAGAUGAGCCGCCAUCGCACGCGCUCGGUUUCUGGUGUGGAGUACGAGUACGUCAAAGCGUCGACUCUGAUCACCAGUCCUGAAUCGGCCUUGGGCAGUGGAAGCGACAUCUUCCCAUGCAUCAUGCAGAGAAGCGGCUUUCCCGAGCUGGACCGGCGCUUCCAGGAGGCGAUGGCUCAGAACCUGGAGAGCUGCCAGCGGCUCUCGGCGCGGGUCUGCGACACCCUGCCGGGCACCAACCAGAAAGCCAAGCGCCUCUCCGAGGUGCGGAGAUGGCUGCGAGGCGAAAGCCUAGAGGCCAAUUCCUCGGCCUCCUCCGGGCCCAAGCGGAGCUGCCAGUGGAGCUCCGAGUCCGAGUCCUCGGAGUCCGAGUCCGCGUCCUCGACGGGCAACUCUGAGGUGUCUUCUUUGUCCUCAGAUGCCAAGCCACCCGCCAAGAAGGCCCGCAAGGCCAAGGCCAAGGCGAGCGGAAGAGGCCGUGGCCGCGGGCGCGCGCGUGGCACGCCACAAGCCGACGCCGACGGCCCUGGCACCGCGGACGCCGCGGACGCGCUCGACUUCCCCGACGUCGAAACCUCGGCACCGCCGCUGGCAGAACUCAGGGAGCUGGGCCAAAGCAGCGAGCCAGCGGCGCGGGCAACAGUCUUUGCCAAGCUGCAGCCUACGGUCGCCGAAAUCGACUUGGACUUGGAGUGUGACCCACGAGCCAUCCUUCGCAUCACCUUCCCGACGGAAUACAUGCGAGGAAGUGAGACGUACUUUGAAGGCACAAGUGUGUUGAAGAGAUGCCUGGGCCUGAAAGAGAACUGGAAGAUGCAAGGGGAGGCCGUGGGCCUCUUGGCCGCGGCCAGGGAGCGGCGGAAUCGGCAGGACACCAUCAGCUACAACUCGGUGGCCGGCGUGCUGCACUUGCUGCCGGAAAAGGGCAUGAGACCCGAUGUCUUCUCCUGCGGCAUCAGCGCGGUCACGCUCAGUGGCCUCGCGAAGCCCUUGUGGAGGCGGGCCGAGUAUUUGCUGCAGAGCUUUUCAGCCGCGGACCUGCAGCUGGGGACGGUGGCUUGGGGCACCAUCCUAGAUGCCACCAGCAAGGCUGGUAUUUGGGAAGCGGCGCUGGGGCUCUUGACGUCCAUGUGCUUGGGCGGGCCUGUUCCCGACACCCAUUGCCUGAACGUGGUCAUUAGCGCGGCUGGCCGUAGCCAGAGCUGGCAACAGGCGGUCAGCCUCUUGAGCCCCAGGAUGUCCGACGAAGUCUCCUUCAAUUCGGCCCUGGCGGCCUUGGAAGGCGGCAACGCCAGCUUAUCUUGGGCCCUGCUCUCCCAGAUGCGGCGCCUAAAACUGGAGCCUGGGCAUGUCACCUACGGCUCCUGCACCAAUGUCCUGGGCUCUUCGCACCUGUGGCCGGACGCGCUGCAUUGCCUCAGCUUCGCCUCCUGGUCGGGCACUGCCCCCAACAUCAUCACCUGGGGCGCCUGCGCCAACGCCAUGAGAGGCAUCUGGGCGAAGGCCUCAAACCUGCUGGGAGCCAUCCGCCGCGCUCAGCUGCAGGCCACGGCGCCCUGCGCCGGGGCGGCGCUCAGCGCGGCGGGCGGGUGCCGCCAGUGGAGCCAAGGCCUGGCGCAGCUGGCGACCUUCGCCGCCCGCGGCCUGGCAACGAUGCCCAUGCUUGGUGCAGCCAUGUCAGCGCUGGAUGGCGAGGAGGAUGCGGUGCGCUGGCGCCAGGUGCUUGAGAUGUGCCGAGCGCCAGCCACUGACAUGGCGCCGGAUUUGUUUGGUCUCGGCAUGGGCGCCAGCGCCUGCGGCAAGGGCGGCGCCUGGAGCAGGGCGGUGGAAGUGCUGCAGCUGACGAAGCUGCGAAGGAUGGAGCCCAGUUUGACCAUGUGCAACGCCGUGCUGGACGGCCUGGAUCGCUCGGAGAGCUGGGCACAGUCGCUGCUCCUGCUGCGCUUGGUCGAGGGCGACCUCUCCGUGGACUCCCUGAGCUUGCGGAGCCUUCUGCAGGCCAGUGAGGCCAGCGGGGCGGCCCAGCAGAUGCCGGGCUGCUUGGCCCGCGCGGGGGACUGGAUCCGAUCAGAGAUGCGAGGCCUUGGAUAUGGACGGCCCAAAGAUGAGGGCUUUCUGCUGGAGUCCUUCGAGAGCAUCUUGGACCACUCCUGCGCGCCUGAGGAUUUGGUCUUGGCCUUGCGUCGGGCGGUGUGCGCGCCGGCGACACGGGCCCUGCGGCGCCUCAUCACGGUUUCGGUGGAUGCGAGGCAACACAAGAGGAGCCUGGAGAAGCAGUCCAGCCUAGGUCAGCAUUUCACAUACUCGGCCUUGGGCUCCGGCGCUUUCCCCUGGACCUUCGCCUCCCGCCGGGCCGCCCGCGCCACCUUCGGAUCUGGAGCGACGGGCCGCGACCCGGCGGCCAAGAACUUGGUCGCCUGGACCUCGGCAUCCUUUGGGACGGGGACGGCCAGUCGGAACCACGGGAGGGCCGACCUGGAGGCGGCAUCCUCCGCGGCGCUGGUGCCGGUCUUUGUGGACCACGACCGGGCGCCCCACUGCGAGCGCCAAGCCUUGUUGGCUCACCUCCGGGUGCUCAACGCCCGCGGGCUUGAAGCCAUCGAGGAGGGCUACCCUGCCAACAUCCCGCUGGUUGUAAUCCUUGGCCUCAGCAACCCGGAGAUCUCGCCCACCCGUGCGCGCAACGUGUGGACCUUCGAGGCGAUGAGCCUCUCCUCCGGCCAGGAAGAGCUGCUCAAUGUCAACCUCAACGUCACCGGGUUCAAGAUCUUCGGCGAGUUUUCGGGGGCCUACGUCACCGGCACCGUGCUUUCCCCCUUGGCUCAAAACGUGGUCGGUAUUUGGUUCAACCUGAAGAGCCCAUUGAAGGCGAGCCUGGAGACGGGCCAGACGAGCCAGAUGAGGCUUUGGCUGCCCCCGACCUUUCAGCCACUGCCGGACUGCGGCACAUCCCUGAACCUCUUCUCGCUUUCCUACGACGUGGGCCGAGAACUUGUCAAGAACCCCUUCCCCACCACCAUCGCGUACAUGUCUAUGCCAUCGGGAAGUUACUGCUACGACUUCUACGACGACGUCAGCGGGCAGUAUUAUGUCGAGCUGACCAUUGAGCAGGAAGUGUCGUAUGGCUUGGACUAUGCCUUCGAGUUUGCUCUGACGAAUCCUUUCACCACCCCCGCCUCUGCAGACAAUGUGUGGCGGUUCGAGACCCUCCAGAACGGCGUCAUUCUGCACUUACGGCGCAGCGUCGUGGGCUUCGAGCUGGAGCAGAUCAAGGAAGUGCGGGUCACCCCAUCUGACACCACGACGCUUCUGCCCCUGCAUCGCUUGGAGUUUUACAUCAUGAGCGACAAGUACAUUCCUGGAGGUUCCAAAAUUGAGAUCACCGCCCCCAACGGUUUCAUCUUCACCUGCGCCUUCUUCAGUACCGAUGAGGGCCUGGCCAACACCACCACUUGUUAUGUCAGAGAGCCCAACAUCGCAGAGUUCACUAUGGACACCUCCGACCCCAAGCAGCCGAACUCGCCCUUCAAGCUGUUCGUCUAUGUGUCCAACCCAGAGUUCACGCCGCAGAUGAACUACUGGAACUUCCGCAUUAUCAGUCCCCUGGCCAAGACUUUAGACAUGCGCGACUUUGUGUCUAGCUUUGACAUCACCGGGCGCCUGGAGGUUGACAUCCAGGCGACCUUCCCGUACUUUGGGCAGGUAAACCCUCUUCGGGUGGUGUUCGUGCAGUCCACGAUCCUGAACCAAGCGGAUGUGGGCAAUGAGCUGGUGCCUCCCUCCUUUCGCGUUCUGGGGUUCUCGCAGCGGGAGCUGCUGGCUGAGCUCGAGAAGUGCGGCCGAAGCCUCGUGCGCUUCGUGCCGGCGGAGGCGGAGGAGCUAAGGGUGAAGCCUCCAGAUGCGAGCGAGUGCAGCGAGCACUUGGAGCUGCGGCUGCCGGGUAUAGAUCCUCCUUGCCUGCUGCAGCUGGUGCAGGAAGGCCACACAGGCGACAGGAAACGCAAGAGGCUGGAGCAGGGCCAACUGCUCUGGGGAUCCGGGCUGGUCCUCGCCUUUUGGCUCGCCGCUGGCUCCACGCCUCGACGUCGUGUCUUGGAGCUGGGCAGCGGCCUGGGCACCGCCGGCCUGGCCUGCGCCAUGCUGAACUUCCACGAGGUGGUUCUCUCCGACAAGCCUGGAGUAGUGUUCUCGCUGCAGCGGAACCUGCAGCUGAACCUCCACUUGGAGCAGGUGAAGUGCGUCACCCUGGAUUGGAGUCAGCCCGCAGGUCUGCAGGCCCUGGGCGUCUUCGAAAUCAUCAUUGGCGCAGACAUCCUGUACAGCUCCACGUCUUUGCGGCCCUUGGUCGCGCUGCUGGGGGCCUUGCUGGCCGUGGGGGGCCGUUUCCACUGCGUGGACCCCGGCCGCCGCGGCGCGGGGCUCGCCUCGGGGCCCUCGGGGCUGGAGGCCUUCGUGGCGCUCGUGGCCCAGGAGUUCCCGGCCUGGGCUGUCACGGUGGAGCCGCUGGAGGAGUCCACCGCUUUGGCCCGGGAACAUUUGUGCCGCCAGCGCAUCCUCGUGCCGCAGCAGCGGCGGCGCGGCCUCGGCGCAGCGCUGGGCCGCGCGGUCCACAAGACGCUGCCGGUGGCGCAGCUCAUCGACGCAGAUGCGCCGUACCAACUGCUGACGGUGGAAAGGGUCGCCGGGGCAAAACGCAACGCCGUGAAUCAGCCCACCAGCAACAGGGGCUAUGACGUCGGCUUUGUCUUCCCUCCAGAAGGUAUGACCUGCCGGGGCUAUGACAAUGCCACCGUCAGCAUCCGCUUCCCUGACGGCGCAGGGCUCCUGCGAAACAAUUACACCCUCGAGGUGGAUGUGGCCAACCCCGGGUACCCGCCGAACUCCACGACCUGGAGCUUCAUCACCCGCGUGCGGAACCUGGAUGGCGAGAAGAUCGUGGAUGCCAACCGUACAUUGGAAGGUUUUGGCUUGAUCGAGUUGUUGCCGAUGCGCCUGGGCCUCAGCAAGCAGGUUCUGACACUGAAGGUUUCGAAUCCGAGUGGUAACGAUGGGUUCUAG